AUGUCCAGCAGUCGGUUAUUGGACCUUUUCAAGAUUCUAUCUGCGACUUAUCUUCCCCCACGCCUCCAGAAGCGCAACUGGGGAACCAACUGCUGCCUGUUGUCCAUGCCCAUCCUCAUGUGCGUGCUGCUCAAGGUCCUCGAAAUCGCCAUCAACGCAAUCCUCAGCGGCCCGGACUACCGCUGCGGUUGCAUCUGCACGGCCACGGGGCAGAACAACACGGACUCGUGCUCCGAUCCUAGUCAGCAGACGAAACGCAACUGGGGAACCAACUGCUGCCUGGUGUCCAUGCCCAUCCUCAUGUGCGUGCUGCUCAAGGUCCUCGAGAUUGCCAUCAACGCCAUCCUCAGCGGCCCGGACUACCGCUGCGGCUGCAUCUGCACGGCCACGGGGCAGAACAACACGGACUCGUGCCCCGAUCCUAGUCAGCAGACGUGCGGCCCGCAGUAUUCCAACAACAAGCAGACCGCCUUCUGCGCCGUGCCGAACCCGUACAUGUACCCCGCCAUGGUCCAGGUGCCCACCCAGUACUUUCGGGCAGUCCUAACGCAGCAGAAUAAUUAUCCGGGCCUGCCAGACGCCUCCUGCCGCUCAGCAUCAAACCUCAACCAAUCAUGCCCGGCCAUUUUCCUCUACACGGGCCAGAACCAGACGCUUGCCAACGCCAUGGGCGCGUAUCUAACAAGCCCCUUCGACCUCAAGGCAUGGCAGACCAUGCCAGGUGUCAACAUCUCCACGGGUAGCUCCAGCUCCGCGCCGCCCACUCCGCCGCCCGCGGCGCCUGCUGCGCCCGCAGCUCCUCCCCCCCCUCUUCCCGGCAGCACGAUCAAGUACAAUGGAACUGCGUCUCUCGCUCCUUACCUCUACAAUUUCGCUACGCUCGAGCUGGGCACGAACGCGUCUCUGACGCUGACGCUGAUCAUAGAGCCGGCGUUGACGCCCAUCACAGACGACCCCAGCAAGCUCUACCUGCUGCAGCCCAACUGCUCUUCUCCAACCGUGCUGCAGACGCCCCUCAACUUCUCCUUCGGCGGCUUCACUAAAGAACCCCUCCAGCUGUCCUGUGUGCCCACGUCACCGCUGUGGCGAGCAAGCUCGGCAGCGAUCGACAACGAGUUGUACAACGGGUUUUACCAGGCACAGACGGCACUCUAUGGCGGAGAUGCCACCAGCAACGAGUACGCCGGAGCGUUUGACUUCAACACCACGUCAGCCAAGCAGUUCAACACCACGGUCUAUUUCAACUCCACCUAUGCGGGAGCCGGCCAGGGGCCCAGGUCUGCCGUGCGCUUCCCCAAGGUCAUGAACAUGGCCACCAACGCGUACCUCCAGGCGGUGUUCAGCGCAGCAGCGGAGCUCCCGCUGCUAUUCGUGAAGGACUUCCCCAAGGGCUCCACGCGCCUCACCCUCGACUUUGCCUCCAUCAUCGGCCCGCUCUUCUUCAUGUGGAUCCUGCUCCUGCUCUUCCCGGUGUGUGUGGGGUACCUGGUGUACGAGAAGGAGAAGAACCUACGCAUGAUGAUGAAGAUGCAUGGGCUGGGAGACAGCGCCUACUGGCUCAUCUCCUAUGCCUACUUCUUCCUCCUCUCCUUCAUCUACAUCCUCUUCUUCGUCCUCUUCGGCUCCCUCAUCGGGCUUAAGUUCUUCCGGAUCAACAACUACGGCUUGCAGUUCAUCUUCUAUUUCGUCUUUGGCAACUGGCAGAUCGGCUUUGCCAUUCUCGUCGCCACCUUCUUCAAAUUCACCAAGACCGCCUCGGUGGUUGCGUACCUCUAUGUGUUUGGGGGCGGCCUCUUGAGUCAGUUUCUCGUUGGGUAUUUCCUCGAAGUCCCCGACUUUCCAGCCGGAGCGCUGUUUGCCAUACAGCUCAUCCCACCGUUCGCGUGCUACCGCGGGCUGUACGAGUUCGCCCAGUCCGCCUUUAUCGGCGCCUACCAGGCCACUUCCGGCACGCUCACCUUCAGCAACGCGGGCGAGUAUGGCUUCUGGGGCGCCGUGGGCAUCAUGGCUGUUGAGUGGGUCAUCUUCCUGCUGCUCGGACUCUACCUGGAUCAGGUGGUGCCAACUGGCGGCGGGUCGGGGAAGCAUCCGCUCUUCUUCCUGGACGGCAUCAGGGGGCGCCACAAGCACGGCAACACGCUCUCCAGGGCCUCCCGCUCCCACCGCGCCUCCGCCAAAGGCGCAGUCGAGGCGGAGAAGGAGCGAGAGGAUGUCAUGGCAGAGCGAGAGUUGGUGCAGCAGCUGCUCCAGAGGGACCAGCUAGACCACGGCUAUUCGAUCGUCUGUGACAACAUGAAGAAAGUCUACCCCGGGAGGGACGGCAACCCGCCGAAGCUGGCGGUUCGGGCCAUGUCGCUGGCGCUGGCUCGGGGCGAGUGCUUCGGCAUGCUGGGGCCGAACGGGGCGGGCAAGACGACGUGCAUCCACAUGAUGAUUGGACUCGUGAAGCCGAGCUCAGGGACAGCGUUCAUAGAGGGGAAGGACAUUCUGGAGGAGAUGGACGAUGUUUACACCAUCAUGGGCGUGUGCCCGCAGCACGACACGAGUGAGUACGCCCGCAGCACGAGUGAGUAUGCCCGCAGCACGAGUGAGUACGCCUCCAGCACGAUUUCGCUUCACUUCCCCCUUCUCUCCCCUCUCCUCACUCUCCUCGUUCGAAAUUUUCCCUCACCCUCCUCCUUCUCCUCCCCCGCCAGUCUCCUAUGGGAGCAGCUGACAGGAAGGGAGCACCUCCAUUUCUAUGGGCGCCUCAAGAACCUGCAUGGGCAGGCGCUGCAUCAAGCAUUUCUGGACUCACUCACUUGCCCCCACCUCACUCUCCUCCACGCCUCCCUCUCCUCUCACCCCCACACCAGCCUCCUAUGGGAGCAGCUGACAGGCCGCGAGCACCUCUAUUUCUACGGGCGCCUCGAGAACCUGCACGGGCAGGCGCUGCAGCAGGCGCUGACCGGCAGGGAGCACCUCUACUUCUACGGGCGCCUCAAGAACCUGCACGGGCAGGCACUGCAGCAAGCGGUUCUGGAGUCUCUCAAAAGCGUCAACCUGCUGGCGGGGGGUGCUGCGGACAAGAAGGCCGGCAAAUACAGCGGAGGCAUGAAGAGGCGGCUGUCGGUCGCCAUCUCCCUCAUCGGCAAGCCCCCUGUGGUGUACCUGGACGAGCCCAGCACGGGGCUGGACCCUACCUCUACUGCAUGCACGCACGAGCUUACCUCGCACUCCCUCCUCUUCCUCCCGCCGUCCCCUCCCUUUCCCCUCGUGCAGGUGGUCUACAUGGACGAGCCCAGCACGGGCCUGGACCCGGCAUCGCGCUACAACCUGUGGGCCGUGGUCAAGGAGGCCAAGAAGGACUCGGCUAUCGUGCUCACCAGUGAGUGGUGCUGUGCGGUGUCAGGAGCCCACUCCAUGGAGGAAGCAGAGGCUCUCUGCGACCCCCACUCCAUGGAGGAAGCAGAGGCUCUGUGUGACCGUCUGGGCAUAUUCGUGGACGGCCAGUUUGAGUGCAUCGGGAACCCGAGGCAGCUGACGUCGCGGUACGGCGGGUCGUUUGUCUUUACUGUCACCACGCCGGCCGAAGAGGAGGAGGCGGCUGCUGAGCUGGCGAAGUCGCUCUCGCCCAAUGCCAAGAAGGUCUACAGCCUCGCGGGCACGCAAAAGUUUGAGCUGCCCACUGCAGAUGUGAACAUGGCAGACGUGUUUGCAACAGUAGCCGAGGCCAAGGCACGGAUAUCGAUACGCGCGUGGGGCAUCGCCAACACAACCCUGGAAGACGUGUUCAUCAGCAUCGCCAAGGAGGCUCAGGGCGCUCAUGCUGCUCUGUCUUAG